AUUAUGUUGUGUUUGUGUUGAGGUAUUGAAAGACAAUUGAAUUGAUCGCAAGUAAACCAUAAUCACGGCCACCAUCGUGACCAGGGUCACGCGCUAAAUGUCACCCAUAGCUGAUCCCGUAGUCUCGGCCACCACUCACGCACUCAACGCCACCAAACAUGGCGUCCAAUGAGUGGCAAACGUGUCUCACAAACGCUUAAUUAAAAUGUGUGUUUAAUUAACCCAUUCAUACCGUACCAGACAUUCCUCCGGAUCAGCCACGAGUUCGUGUCAUCCACUCAUACAACACACCCAUCACUGUGUCCGUCACCUGUGAAUGUCUUUGUGGUCAUCGACGGCAUCGCCACCGAUCGCCGCACCGCUUAUGGACACCAAUACCUCUUCGGGCGCCAUCACCGCCAACAGGUCCUCAACGCCGGCCACCGAUGAGUACGCCAUCGACGACGCGCUGAUCACUGAUUCGGUCAAAAAGAUGUUGUCGUCGGACGCGCCCCACUUUGACCUCGACUUCGACGGCGCCGGUACGCCAGGCGCCGGACAGUUGGGCCCACACUCGGCGCCCACCGUUCAGGAGGGCCUGGAUCUGGUGGACGCGCUCGACCAUCUCGUCCAGAACCUCAACGCCCAGAACCACAGCACCGGUAGCCGCGCGACGGUAUCGCCCGGCGAUUUCCCGACACUCGACUCAUCGCCGCCCCCGCGCACUACCGGCGCUCAUAGCGCCCACACCUUCGAUGUGGUGCUUAUGGACCAUAACUACUGUCAUUCGUACGACUAUUUGGUGACUACCGGUGCCCCUCACGACCCCACCGGUGGUACAACGACGGCGCCGGCGGGCAAACAGUCGCCACACAAACAGACGUUCGCGAAAGUAGUGAGUGAUAAGACGACUGCCGGUGCCGUCAAUACCGUUCCUCCGUUAUCGACGGCUACCGGUGCCGUCGGCGCCCAAAACUCAUCGCAAUUGACGUCAUUCAACGACAACUCGUACGCCUCGUCGUCGACACUGACGGCCACAUCGCCGUCGCCCACACGAGUGCCCGACUCGCCGGUGUCCACGGCGUCCAACGCCACCCCCAAGUGCUCGUCCCCUCGAACGCCGCCGGCCUCCCGGCGCUCUCAGAGACAGAUCGAUCGCAUCGAGAAGUCGGUGUUGGAGAAGAUUAAGGCCGAGAACCAGGAAAUGCUGAAAAGGGAAAAGGAGUCUAUGUCGACUACUAAUAAAAAGUGUCGAAUGGAUAGCAAAGGGGACUCACGUAGGAGUAGUGAUAGUAAUAACAGUGCAAAACAGCUACCGGUGCCGUCAACAACGCCAGACAUAUCGACGUCGAGUAGCGCGGACUCUAAGGCACCGGUGGCCGAGACGUCGGAGUUGGACGACGUGAUCGCGGCGUUAAGAGCCGGUGAUGAAGAGGCAGCCAAUGAGAGGGAGUCGUUGACAGGCGAUGACAGGUCGACGCCGGGAUCCGCGAGACAACAGCGCACUAGACGUAAGCCGAAGCGAUGGGAUGACGACGAAGUAGAAGUGGACUUUAGCGGACAGUUGGGUAUUCUGGCUGAGGAUCAGAUGAAGUCGCGACCCGACGAUAGCGAAGAGGUUAUGGAUAAGAGUUUGGACGCAAACGCCACGAAAAGACCGUUUGGCGAGAAGCCCGCGAAUGACGAGUCGUUUGACGGCAAACGCCCGAAGAUGAAUGACUCGCAGACAUCGGUUAAUGACGAUAACGACGACGACGACGAGAGUGGAUCUGAUUUUGGAUCUGAAGACGAUCCGGACAAGUUGUGGUGUUUAUGCCGUCAGCCACACGACGACCGGUUUAUGAUUGGGUGCGACUCCUGCGAGGAAUGGUUCCAUGGAAAGUGCGUUAACGUCACUAAACAGCAGGGCCGUAUUAUGGAAAAGGAGGGAAAGGAGUGGUUGUGUCCGACGUGUGUGAAGGGUAUCAGCGAUGGUGUCCCUAGAGAUGAGCUCAAGAGAGUGGCGGACCAAAAGCGCCAGAAACUGGAGGCCGAGGAGCGGGUCAGGGCUCAGACCAAACGUAUGGCGAGAGAGAAGUUCCUGAAGCGCGAGAAAAUGGCGCAAAACGCCAAACAGCGGUCCACUGAGCGCCGGGACUCGGACCCCGGGCCUAAGAAAAGCGCACAAAGACAACAGUCGACCGAUAAGUCGCCGAAACAGACGCCUACUGGCGGACAGCCUACCGGUGCGGCAGCGGCGGCUCUAUUGGCGCGUAAGAUAUCGCAAAUGCCGCCAAAGAAACGGGAACUCCAUCUGCGGUUAGAGACGGAAGAGUCGGAGAAACUCAAGAAAUUGAUUAAAUCGUCGAAAAAAGAUCUCAACAAAAAGCGCGAACUCAUGGCCAAGAAGUCGCCGAAAGGAGGCGCCGAUGAGGGCGGGGGUCGGCGUAAGAGCGACGCGGCAAACGCGGGCCCGGAGUUGGAGUCCAUCUCGAAAGUGGUGCAAAUCGUACGCAAACCCGAGGCCAAGAAGAAGCAUAAGGACGCCAUCGACUUCUCGGUGCAGGACUUGUUCAAAGCGGAACCGAUUAAGAAGACGUCGACCGCCACACCGCCCACACCCACGACGCCCGGCACUCCCGGCGCUGGGCCGCCAUUCAGUAGGAAAGGGUCAGUUGACUCGCGCCGUACGUCUACCUCGGCCUCGGCUGAGCGCCAGUGCCCCGCGGGCUGCGGGAGGACUGUCGUGAACAGCGCCAACAUUUACUGCAAUACCGAGUGUAUUGUGACGCAUGUGAACGAUAUGGUGAAACUGUUGCGAAUCCAUAGGAGGGAGCGCUCGGAGUCGGGCACUAAACUCAAAGACAUCGACCGCAGGGUUGUGGUGGUGGAGAAGGCGACGGGACGGCUACUGUCUGGAAAGGACGCCAUUCCCGAGCGUGAAGUGUUGGACUAUAUUAAGGCGAACCCGACGUACGAAGUGUUUAGACCCGCGUCGCUGAAGGAUAAGAAACGGGAGGACUCGCCGGCGGCUAAGAACGCCUUUCCGUCGCCGCAAAAGAGUCCGACCAAAAGGGAGGACAGGAAUAGGACACCCAUUAGUCGUAGCAAUAGUAGGAGUGGCGGAGACUUCGAGGGCAUGGAUCCCAUCCGAGCCAACGUCCGCACGACACUCAAGGAUACACUCAUUAACAGAUGCAAAGAAGCCAAUGAAACACAUGUCAACUCGAAUGAGAUCCAGAAGACGGCUAAUCGUAUCGAAGAGGAGUUGUUUAAGCUGUUCAACAAAGACACGUCCGGGAAGUACCGCAACAAAUACCGGUCCCUUAUAUUCAAUCUGAAGGACACGAAAAAUCAGGGAUUGUUUCGCAAAGUAGUCAACGCAAAGAUAGGCCCCGAAAGGCUCGUCCAGAUGUCGGCCGAGGAGUUGGCGUCCUCUGAGUUGGCGAAGUGGAGGGAAAGGGAGAAGAUAUCGAUGUUGGAGAUGAUUAAGAGAGAUGCCGCCGAUAAAGUGAAUCAAGUGAUCGUUAAGAAGACCCAUAAGGGAGAGGAGCUCAUCGAGUCCAACAUCGUGUCCGACACCACCAAUGAUCCCAAAUUAGACGACUUGAAAGCGCUAACACCCACCGCAACGCCCGCGUCGGGCGUGUCAUCACUACUGGACGACCUGAUGGGCACAUCGAGCGUCGACACGACAGCCCAACACCGCACCCACACCUUCUCCAACAACUGUCGCAUUUGUACGCAUAAGCAAACGGACGACUCACUCAAGUCGGACGCCAAGUCGUCGAACUUCACGUCCAACGCGAGGGGCGGCGACGAAACUACCGUUACCUCCCGGCCCACACCUAAACGCGUUCGCGUGGACUCCGAGUCGGCCACUCGGGUGCUGCUCGAGGCGGCCAAACUCACGUCGUCGACGGCGCCGCCACUCAAACGGGCGACCAGUGCUGAUGACGACGAUAGUCACGAACAGCCGACGUCCACAGUGUCUCUGUCCUCACCCGAGGCGCCCAGUAGUUCGUCGGCAUCCCGGCCCGUAUGGAAGGGCAGUAUAUUCAUGCAGGACGUGGCGAAGUUCGCCGCCAACGCCGUCAAAGUGAGCGGAACGGCAGUCGACUAUUUAUCUCAGAAACUGAAGUACAGUUCCCGUUCGGAGAUUGGUUUAGUGAAGUUCAUGUCCCGCAAGGAGGACCGCAUCGGCUACGACGCCUUCUUCGACUACUUGAACUCCAGGGGCCGGUACGGAGUGGUCGGCGGCAGCGGUAAUCUUAAGGACUUCUAUAUACUGCCACUGCCGAGGAAUAAGGACGUGCCGGAAGUGUUGCUACCCUUCGAAGGGCCCGGAUUGGAUAAGAAGUCGAUUCGUCCGAACCUAUUGUUAGGUAUAAUAAUUCGCAGCAAAAAACACGGGACACAAGCGCCACAAAACUCAGCCGGCAAUCAGUCGCUGACGAAGGCGUCGAGGAGUGGGUCGGACGCCGCGUUCCGCUCGUAUACACCGCCGCCAAAGACCUCAUCGAACGACUCGUCGCCCGGCGAUAGUAAGGACGCCGAUGAGGACGUGUCGUAUACACCGCCGCGAGCGACCACCUCGUCGUCCGGGGCGUCGAUGUCCACGACCUCUAAGACGGUUGUCGUCGACGACGACGACGAGCCCUACGAUCCCGAAGAGGCCGACCUGACGUCGACCACCACAACGACCACAACCACGAACUCAUUGGACGGACAGCAGCCGUCGAUCCCGGAGCUCAUGGAGCAGAUCGCGAAGUCGUCGAAUCCGGUGGAGAUGACAACGUCGGUGCUGAACGCCAUCGCCGGCUCCUCCAACAUUGAACUCCAGCGCCGACUACUGGAACAGUUGACCGCCAAAGUGGACGAACAGAAGCGACAGCUGGAGGUGCAGAAGGCCGAGGCGGAGGCCCAGUCA